AUGCUAGUCCUGCGUCUUCUCGUGGCAGUUCUCUUCCAUCUGCCCGUCGUCCUCUCAUAUCCCCACUAUCCCACGCAUCUUGCUCUCCGUAGUGGAGGUUUAUCAACAAAUCCUCCUCUCCCAACUACUACCGCCCCUUCAAUCCCUACUUCACUGCCUCCACCGUCACCUACUCCGACUCCGAACCCAACCACGACUGGAGAUCCUUGGAAAGACAUGUGCAAACCGGGCGCUGAAUGUGACUGCUCUCGCAUCGCGGACAAAAACGGCGAAGAAUACUUCCAAUGCGUCACCAAUCCUCGCUGCGACCACUGCUGGAUCAACCUCACAACCACCUCAACGACAACAACUCGCCCCCUACCACACACAACCCUCACCCCUAUCACAAACUUUCUCAAAACGGACUAUCAAACUCUCUUGCCAGGCACUUACACCAGCUCUUCCGGCGGCACGGCUCAUGUCGUGAUUGUGCAGCAGCCGUCUCAGUCUGUUUCUGUCAGCGUUGUGACGGCUACUGUGACUGAUUUGGUGACGGUUUCUGCGGCUCCUUUCUGUGGUGGUUCAACGGCGACGGCUUUUCCGUCUGUGGAUGUUCGGCGUAGUGUGAGGUGGAAGAGAUGA